AUUGAAAAUGCGCCGCUUGCCAAUCAACGUUAAAAACAGAGUUCUCCUCCUCUUCUCUCUGUCUUGCUCUAUUUCUCCUAAAUCUCUCCCAAAUCCAAACCUCCUCGUCUUCUACCCAAAAUUACCCUUGUUGCAGCUCUCAAUUUCCCAUGCCUGUCAAAGCCUCCUCUCCCAAUUCACCGUCCGGCUCUUGCAGCGGUUCGGGCCCGUCUGUGUCGCGGCCUCGCCAUUUCUUUUCUGUUAUGGAAGCUGCGGAAUUAGAGGUUUCUAGACUUCUUGAUUGCGCCCUUCGAUUCAUCGCCUACACCAUUUCUGGUUUCCUUACGCUGCUUUUUGCUUUUGGUGGAGCUGUUGCAGGAGCUAUAACCGGUGCCUUAGCGGGUAGGAUUACUGAUACUGGCACCCCUCGUGGGGCUGCAUUAGGUGCAGUUGCUGGGGCUGUGUUAUCUUUAGAGGUCUUGGAGGCUUCUAGAGCUUAUUGGUGUUUGGAACAAUCUGGUGUACGUGGCUCAUCAACUAUGGCAGAUUUUAUGGAGGAGCUUCUUCAGGAGAGGUUUUUAAGUGAAGAAUUUAUACCAUCAAUGCCAACUGCGUACCCUCAAGAGGUAAAUGUUGCUAGCAGAAGGAAUGACAGGAUUGAUGAUGUCUAUGUGCAUCGUCCAAUCCAAGGAUUGUCGGUAGAUUUUCUAAAGAAAUUACCGUGUCAUGUUGGUGAAAUGAAAGGAAAUCCCCGUAUCUCCUGUACUAUUUGUUUGCAGAAUAUUCAAGUAGGGGAAGUUGCAAGGUGCUUACCUCGGUGUCACCACACAUUUCACUUGAUCUGUGUGGACAAAUGGCUUAUGCGGCAUGGUUCGUGCCCUGUUUGCAGACAGGAUGUGCUAUUUGCAAGCAGGAUGUGUGGGUUUGUGUAAUCUGUCUUGUGUAAAGAAAAGCAACUGUGAUAUCACUGAUAGUUCAUGUAUCAGUUUUUCUUGUGGCAUAUGGUUGUAAUUGUAUAUCGAGCUGACAGUCCAUGUACAGGUAUUGUAUAAGUUGUAUCAAGCCUUUACUAGCUUUCAAGGUGUAAGAUAAAUAAAUGUCUUCCGUCUUUGUCGGUAUGGCAUGGAACUUGCAUCUCUCUCA